GACAUUUUAUUAUAACACAAGGGAAGAUUAUUAAAAGCGUCGAUUCAUUAAUUACUAAAAUGUCACAGAAGUCGUUGUCUAAUUCGUAUGGCACACAAAAGGGAAUAUGUAGGUGUGGUGAUUUAGCUCCCAUUAAGAUUUCAAAGAUACCACAAAAUCCUGGAAGGGAGUUUUAUUAUGGCUAUGUGAAGGGAAAAAAAGAAGAUGGUGGUUGCGGUUAUUUUAAAUGGGUCGAUGAUGAUAUCCUAUUAAUCAUUGGGGAGGAGAAAUUUAAUUUAAUUUACAAGCUCCACAAAGCUGAAGAAUCAUUGGAAGAAGUCAGAAGCCUCUUCUUGGAAGCGGAAGCAUCGAGGGAUUGGUUUAAAGAUCAAAUGAGGGAAGCUCAGACUGAGAGGACUCAGGUAAAGAAGGAAGUGAAGGCAGCUGAAAUGGAGAGGGAUCAGGCAAAAAAGAACUGAAGGCAGCUAAAGUUGGGAAAGAAAAGAUGAAGAGGAUGCUAUUGUGUUUAGUGUCAUUUUUAAUUACCAAAUGGGUCGUUUGUGGCUUCUUUUGACUGUGUUUCCUUCUAUAAUCAAUUGUCAGGUUAUUUUAUGUCUAGAACGAAUGCAUUUGUUAAAAGCGAAGAUAAAAUGAC